CACAGUGUACUCCAACUUCUUCCAUAAAAGCAAAGACAUCUCCUCGUCUGAGAAGUAAGAAACCAACAACAUUCUAUUAGCACUAAAAAGAAAAAGAAAACAAAAGAGAAAAUGGAGGCUGAGAAAAACCCACCGACGACAACAACGACGACGGAGAAGAAACCGGAGCAAGUAGCUAAAAACGACGUCGAUUUGCCUACAAACAGUCCUUACGUGGACGAAUCUGGUACCUUGGAAGAUUACAAGAUGAAAGCUUAUGGAGCUAAAGGCCACCAAGAAGUUAAAGCUGGUCUUGGUGGUGGAGCCACCGAUGCUCCUACUCCAUCAAGCGACGCACCUGCCGCCACGAAAGCUCCAUAAAAAACAAAUAUCUGUAAUAAUGGGAAAUUUUUUACGUCGGUAAAAAACCCCCAAAAUUGUAGCUUGUCCAAAUAACUGAUUCAGCGUCGUUUUAUGGCUUAUGUGUUUUAAUUAAAAUGUAUUUGCGUGUGGUAUUGCGAAAAAUAAUUUGCGAGUUACAUGAGAUAUAAAUUAUCGUAUGUUUCGGACCAAAUGAAGUUGUAACGAUUUUUAUAAUAAAUAAAUUGUUAUUUUUAGUUCGAGGAGA